AUGAGCGGAGCUGCGGGCUGCCAGGAGGGCGGCGGCGAGCGAGGGCCCCGCUGGAGGAGGCCGUGGAAGCUCCUGGCCCUUGGCCUGCUCUCCGCCUCCUCCGUGCUGGCGGCUGCUCCGGGCGCCGGGGCCAUGAGCAAGGAGGAGAAGCGCCAGUUGGGAAACCAAGUGCUUGAAAUGUUUGACCAUGCAUAUAGCAAUUAUAUGGAGCAUGCGUACCCAGCUGAUGAACUCAUGCCUUUAACGUGUCGUGGACGAGUGCGGGGUCAGGAACCCAGUCGAGGGGAUGUGGACGACGCCUUGGGAAAGUUCUCCCUGACCUUGAUUGACACCUUGGACACUCUUGUGGUGUUGAAUAAAACCAAAGAGUUUGAAGAGGCUGUAAGGAAAGUAAUAAAGGAUGUGAACUUAGACAACGACAUAGUUGUAUCUGUCUUUGAAACCAACAUAAGAGUCCUUGGAGGUCUCCUAGGUGGGCAUUCAGUGGCAAUUAUGCUGAAAGAAAAAGGUGAAUAUAUGCAAUGGUACAACGGUGAACUUCUGCACAUGGCAAAGGAACUGGGCUACAAGCUUUUACCUGCUUUUAACACCACUAGUGGUCUCCCUUAUCCAAGAGUUAACUUAAAAUUUGGGGUAAGGCACCCAGAAGCACGAACAGGAACAGAAACUGAUACCUGUACAGCUUGUGCAGGUACCUUGAUCCUUGAGUUUGCAGCUUUAAGCCGAUUCACAGGAACAUCUAUAUUUGAGGAAUAUGCCCGGAAAGCACUGGAUUUUAUCUGGGAGAAGCGGCAGCGCAGCAGCAACUUAGUGGGUGUCACCAUUAAUAUUCAUACUGGAGACUGGGUCCGCAAAGACAGUGGAGUUGGAGCAGGGAUAGAUUCAUAUUAUGAAUAUUUAUUAAAAGCCUAUGUCUUGCUGGGAGAUGACAGCUUCCUGGAAAGAUUUAACACGCACUACGAUGCCAUAAUGAGAUACAUCAGCCAACCACCUCUUCUUCUUGAUGUACAUAUUCAUAAACCAAUGCUAAAUGCUAGGACCUGGAUGGAUUCUUUGCUAGCUUUCUUCCCUGGAUUGCAGGUGCUGAAGGGCGAUAUUAGACCUGCCAUUGAAACUCAUGAGAUGCUCUAUCAGGUUAUAAAAAAGCAUAACUUUCUUCCAGAGGCAUUCACAACAGACUUUAGAGUUCACUGGGCACAGCAUCCUUUAAGGCCUGAAUUUGCUGAAAGCACUUACUUCUUGUAUAAGGCUACUGGGGACCCUUAUUAUCUGGAAGUGGGAAAAACCCUCAUUGAAAACUUGAACAAGUAUGCAAGAGUGCCUUGUGGGUUUGCUGCAAUGAAGGAUGUUCGUACAGGAAGCCACGAAGACAGAAUGGACUCUUUCUUUCUGGCUGAGAUGUUUAAAUAUCUUUACCUGCUGUUUGCUGAUAAGGAAGACAUGAUUUUUGACAUUGAAGAUUAUAUCUUCACUACAGAAGCUCAUCUGUUACCACUUUGGCUUUCCACUACAAACCAAACCAUCUCUAAAAAAAAUACAACUACAGAAUACACAGAGCUGGAUGACAGCAAUUUCGACUGGACCUGUCCCAACACCCAGAUUCUUUUCCCAAAUGACCCAAUGUUUGCUCAAAGCAUUCGUGAACCUUUGAAAAAUGUGGUGGAUAAGAGCUGUCCCAGGGGUAUUUCCAGAGCAGAAGACAGUUUGGGAAGUGGACCAAAGCCACCAUUGAGAGCCAGAGAUUUCAUGGCCAGUAAUCCUGAACACUUGGAGAUACUGAAGAAGAUGGGAGUCAGUUUGAUUCAUCUGAAGGAUGGAAGAGUACAAUUAGUACAGCAUGCAGUGCAAGCAGCAAGUUCACUCGAUGCUGAAGAUGGCUUACGGUUCAUGCAGGAGAUGAUCGAACUCUCCAGUCAGCAGCAGAAAGAGCAACAGCUACCUCCUCGUGCUGUUCAAAUUGUUUCCCAUCCAUUCUUUGGCAGGGUGGUCUUGACUGCUGGACCAGCACAAUUUGGGAUGGAUUUAUCCAAACACAAAGCAGGGACAAGAGGAUUUGUUGCAACCAUUAAGCCAUAUAAUGGAUGCUCAGAGAUCACUAAUCCUGAGGCAGUGAAAGAGAAGAUUGCUCUGAUGCAGAGAGGCCAGUGUAUGUUUGCUGAAAAGGCACGAAAUGUUCAGAGAGCUGGAGCAAUAGGAGGCAUUGUUAUUGAUGACAACGAGGGAAGCAGCAGUGACACAGCUCCUCUCUUCCAAAUGGCUGGCGAUGGGAAGAACACGGAUGAUAUCACAAUUCCCAUGCUCUUCCUCUUCAACAAGGAAGGAAACAUCAUCCUGGAUGCAAUCCGGGAGUAUGAGGCUGUGGAGGUGCUCCUUUCUGAUAAAGCAAAAGACAGAGCAACAAUUUUUAAAGGUAAAAUGCUUCCAAACUACAUUAUUGAUAGCAACUUGGAAGUGGAGAAUAUGGACCAGAAAUUGUCUGAAAAUGAUUCACAUAAACAGAAUUCAGAAGAAACUACUUCAGCAUCUCAGGAUGUUGGUGCAGUCAGCGAGGAGCCUGAUGAAGGACAAAGCUCUGAUGUUACUGAUCCUGACUCUGUAUCUCCUGCUGAUGCAGCCAGUGACAGUGUUUCCAUUACAAAUCAGGAUUCCUCCGUCCCUGGAAGCCCGGAGUCUGGUGCUCCAGAGCCAGCAUGUCCACCAGGGGACAGCCAGCCUCAGGAACAACAGACUGAGACAGAGCCAAAUUCCAAAGUUAACUGGGAUAAUAAAGUCCAGCCUAUGGAAUCCAUAUUAGCAGACUGGAAUGAAGAUAUAGAAGCAUUUGAAAUGAUGGAAAAGGAUGAGCUAUGACUUGUAAUAAUAACUUAUUUGUUAGGAAACAAGCGGAGAACUCUUUGGGUGGAAGUGAGGCCCUGAGAUCUGACAACUAGAAAACAUGUUCAGUAUUGUGGCAAGCAGUCAGGUGCCACCUGGAAAAUACCAUAGCAACCCAGCACCCGCUCCUUGUCUCGUCUGAAUUUGUCCUCUUUGAUAAUGGGAACGUGCAAUCGAAGCCUUUGCCUGGCUCCACGGCAUGGUGCUGUAGCCCAGGAGGCUCAUUCAGGGAACCAGCCCAGCGUCUGCCUUCUAGGCUUCAAAAGGUCUCUGGAAAGCAGAAGUUGAGCACAGUGGGGUUAAUGUACCACAUAAUGGUUAUCCAUGAGAGCACUUCAGGGCAGCAGGUCAGCUGCUGUUCUGCUUGGAGCAAAGCUGUGGUUUCACUGGUCUCUGCUGAGUUGAAAGUCUCCAUUGACAGCAGCAGGUGAAGUUGUGUUUCCAGUUACGGUGUCUUCAAGAUACAGCUAGAAGCAGUCUGAUUUUUGUCCUGACAUAUCAUACUGAGAUUUUGUGUUGUUCACCACUGCUUCCAUCUGUUACCAUGAAGAACAACCAUGAUGACAUGCGAGUUGUUUUCCUUCUGCUUCACUUCCAGCUAGAGAAACUAUAAACCAAAGGCAAUGUGUGCUUUGUAAGCAGGCCCCAUGAGGGAAACUGAGACAGCCAUGGGAAGUAGCUAAAGGUUUGUGGUGUGUUGUGGAAGUUGUGCUUGAAGUUAAGGCAAAGUGGACAAGGCAGAUGUAAAGUUACAGGUAUUUCAUUUGGUCUUCUAGGUUGAAAAACUCAAAUUUACCCCAAGACAUGGAAUUUCAAGUGGCAAUACUCUCUGUCAGGACAGGAAGCACAGCUGAUCUUGUUCUAAUAAACAUCUUCCUUUUUCUACAAGUUUGACUUCUAACAGCUUGACUUUGCUGCCCUCCUUCUGAUAUGCAAGCUUCUACAUGUGUGAUACUACAAGGCUAUGAGGCCAGUACCAGUAGUGAAGUGCUGUUGGGGCCCUAGUUUAUAGUGGUGUGAGCUGUGAGGAUGGCUGGUCUGUUACUGUGGGCUUUGGGAGUUUGUUACAGGUAAGUGUGAGUCCCAGUUUAUCUCUGAUGAAAACCCCACAACUGAAAUAAAACUGGGGAUGGUUAAACUCCCGAGAGAUGUUUUGACUAUGUCCAAAGAAACUGCCAAAAUACUGAAGUCACUUGAUUCGUAUAGACUGCUUGUAGUGAAUUGUGGUUCAGAGAGUUGUUGUUUUAUAUUGAAGAGUAAAUUAACACUGCCUAUAUGCUGCACCUGGCGAAAGAUGAAGGUUAAAAUGGAGAGGGGAAAAAAAGCCCCAGUCUAAACUGUACCUUUCAUGAAGAUGGUGAAAUGACACGUGCUGAGUGUGCAGCUGUUAGUUGCCAGAGUCAUACUGUAUCUAUUUGUGUCCUCCUGUACAGUAUGGACAGAGAAAUCCCAAGCAAACAUUGUCUCCAUGUCUACUCACCUGCUUUCCAGAGUGUCCAAAGCACAGGCACCUUUUGGAGAGCAAGCCAGGCAGAACAUCGCCCAGAAACCCAGUGCUCAGCCACGCUGCUCGUGUCAGAGGCCACUGCGAGGAGGCAGCAGGACAGUGACUAAGUGUCCUUGGAAACACAUCAGCUUUUACAUGUAGGCAUCAUUCCAUUGCACAAACGACUGCCUGGAGCCUUGGGGUGAAUGAGCAGGGCUUGCAGCAGCUGGGAGUUCAGUUGGGAAUCUAUUUGUGUGGCUAUCACAUUAGAUGAGGUUCUGCAUGUGUGUUCCAUCAGGGGAGCCUUCUAAGUGUCCUUGGAGCCCAAGUCAGCACCCAAGGGUGCUGCACUCCCCUGGUAGCACCAGGCUUUAGC